CGCACCACAGAGUUAGGGUUAUUGUCGGGCUUUUUAAAGCAAUCAAUAGCCUCUCCAAAAGAACGGGCUAAAACAUCAACCGCCUUCACGCCUUUACCGCAAGCGGAGAGAGCCGCUUCACAGACGACACUUGCGACCCUUCUAAUUCGAAUACCAAACAACACAGAAGUCGUCAAUCCUCACACUAGUCAUCAUGGACGCUGCGUCUCCCUUCAAGCUGUCGUCGAAGCAGUGCAGUGCUUGCAAUGUAACCUUUGAAAGCGACGAUGUCCGACGGGCUCACUCCAAGACCCAGUGGCACGUCGAGAACCUGCGGCGCCGCGUUACCGGCUUCCCGCCCCUCGAAGCAUCAGCCUUCAGCGCCCCCACCGCAGCGGGGUCGCAGACCGGCGCCCCUGAUUCCAAACAAGACGUCUCGUCGGACGAGUCCGACGAUGCGCCUACACAAGAAGAAGCGCCCAGCUUCGUGGCAGAGAACUGCCUUUUCUGCAACCGCGCCUCGGACUCGUUCGACGACAGCAUCCUCCACAUGCAAAAGUCGCACGGCCUCUUCAUCAACGACCUCGACCACCUCGUCGUCGAUCCGGAGACACUCUUCUGCUAUCUCCACCAGGUCGUCUUCGAUUACCACGAGUGCCUCUACUGCCACUCGCAGCGGAGGACCGCUGAAGCCGCCCAGCAGCACAUGGUCGGAAAGGGCCACUGCAAGAUCGACAUACAGCACCCAGACUCGGAAUACCGCGAUUUCUUCGACUUCGACACGGGGAACAGCAGCGACGAAGGAACGAGCGCCGAGCCGGGGUCUUCUUCUACCGCAAAAGUCAUCUCCCCAAUCCCCAGCCGCGACUCUGUACGGCUCCCCUCUGGGAAAACCGUCACCAGCCGCACAGCAGCACAAGCCUCUCAAGAGAGCCACGCGCGCCACUUCCCACGCAGUCCUGUUCCGUCCUCCGCAAAUCCCCUCCCCGUACCAUCCCCGGAAACCGCAGACCCCACACCCCUAGACGCACCGUCGUCAUCGUCUUCAGCACAGAUCAUGCUGCGCAGCGAGAAGCGCGAGGCGGCGCUGAGCGACCAGCUCGCGCACCUCAGCGUCGGCGACCGGCAGAGCCUGGCGCACCUCGCACCGUCAGAGCAGCGCGCACUGCUCGCCGCCCAGAAGAAGCAGGUCGACAAGGCGCAGCGCGCCGAGCUGCGCCGCCGCAGCCGCGUCGAGCUGCUCGGCAACAGGACGCUGAUGGAGCAUUUCAUUAGUGAGACGCCCGCGCGCAGGCUCAAGUAUAGUUGGUGCUGAGCUUUUGAGAGGCAGGGGCUGGUUGGCUGGGUUGGUUGGUUGGUUGGUU